AAUGAUGUUUAUGAAAUCAUAAGACCUGCUGUUGACCAAUUGUCUACAAUAGCUUGUCUAGUUAACAAUGUUGGUAUGGGAUUACCGACUGCAUUGUUUGCUGGUGAAGUGAAUUCCCCGAAUGAAGAAUCCAUUAGAAAGAUCAUUGAUUGUAACAUUUUGUCUGCAGUCAUGAUGACGAGCAUCAUUCUGCCAAAAAUGUUAACACAGAAAGGACCUAAUCCUGGUAUCAUCAACAUCGCAUCGUAUGCAGGUUUGAAAGUAUUUCCUUAUGCUACAGUGUAUGCUUUAACCAAAGCAUCUAUUAUUCAUUUUUCUAAAUGUUUGGCUGCAGAAAAGUAUCAAAAGAAUGUGAUUAUACAAGCGAUUUGCCCAUUAUUUGUAUCUACAAAAAUGAGCAAUUCCAUGAAAACCACAUUUUUCAUACCGACUGCUGAAGUCUUUGCUAAAAGUGCAUUGGAUAUGUUUGGUGUUGAACAACGAACUAGUGGUUAUAUUCGACACGAUUUAAAAGCAUAUCUUUAUGAUUUGUUACCGACAUCAGUUCGUAUACUAAUCAUAAAAGCAAUAGCGAAUUCCUCACGAAAAAAAGUUUGAUUCAUUUAA